AUGAAAGAAGUAAACAUUGUAUUUUUGACAUUUGAAAACGGUCCCUUUAACACUGAAAUCAUUAGUGAAAACAAUAGUGCGGACAGAAAAACUGAUGGAGGUAAUUUGACCAACAAUAGUGAACAUUUUGGAGGUAAUGUGUUGUUGAGUGUAUCCAAAGUGGCGAAGUCAGAGUCGCGCGUCGUGUUAGUGGGUGAUGGGGAAGGUGAUGACUGCUGCUCCUGCUCUGGCAUGAGGAUCGGUGAUCUUGGUGGCGUUCUGUUAGAAGCUGCAAAGCUUACCAGGUCUUGGUUCUGUCAGAAACCUGGAUACGGCUUCUCACAGAAGGUAGACGAAGAGGAGGGGGGUGGCGGGGUCGCUCUUCAUCCGCCGGACGGAUUCUACUCACACCAGCGCUCGAUCCACGCUCAACAUGUCCAUCACACCUCGGAGCCCGAUAGAGGCUAUAUGGAAGGAAAUAGAUACGUCACUGCAGUUCAUCGGCCACCACCUGCAUUAAAUCACUCGAACUCGUCAUGCUCGUCGGCGUCAAACGCGUCCACCGGCGCGGGGCUGUGCGCGGGCGCACAGGAACCGGCGCCGCCGUUGUACAUCGCCGCACCACCAGAGGGCUUCGGUUUAGCCGUCCACAACAACAGCCACAGGCGUGGCACAGACGUGUCCAUCAUUGGUACGACGGGGAUAACACAAAAAGAUCCCACGUUACCCCAAAAAAGGGGUAAAUUGACUAGAGGCCGUUAUGAAAUGUCUCAAGACCUUCUUGACAAGCAAGUGGAAAUCCUAGAGCGAAGAUACGGAGGACUAAGGGCCAGGAGAGCGGCUGUCACUAUUCAGAGGGCGUUUAGGAGACGACAACUGUUAAAGAAAUUCAGUGCAAUUACUGCAAUGGCAAAGGCAGCAGAUUCUAACCAGAGGAGGCUGCAGGACGGCUCUGAUCACGGUCAACUAGUCAAUGGUACAGAUAUAUACGCAAACACACUGCUGCAGAAGAGUCCUGGAGGCGUGGAGAAAUCGUUGGCACUGACGAGGCCAAUGAGAUCCAUGUCAUUAAGGGAACGACACGAUAUUGAUAUGAGCAACCACUUAUCAUGCGACCCUCAAAGCGAGGUGGAAGCCAUGGUGGCCCGCGUGCAACAGUCAGCUCACCAAAUACACAUGAUUGCGGCUGACAUGCCACCGAUGCACCGUGGUGAUACAGACAGUGGGGUUUGCAGCUGUUCAGUGAGCGGAUCAGUGACAAACAUAUCGACAUCCUCAUCUCACAAUGAAUCUCUACACAAUCACCAGCUGCUUAACAAUACAGGUCCAAUUUAUGGGAACCUGCUAUCCUCAGGCGGCAAGCCACUGUCAUCGCCGACGGCCCGGCAACAGCAACAGUUAGCAGCGAUACAAGCGGCCAACGCCAGGCGGCUGCCGCCAGAUGUACCUAAGAGGACAAGCAGUAUUACACUCAAUGCCGAAAGUCCCGUAUCCCUUCGUCGCGCCGAAUGUGGUGGUGCAGUAGUCCGAGGUGGAUCCAUGUCAUCAGUCCAGUCGUCAUCGUCCUCGUCCUCACAAGAACACCGCCACCACUACCAUCAGCCGUACCAGCCAAGAGCACCGGAGCCGCACGUCCACAUCCAAGAACCAAGUUACCAACACCAGAGAACCGGCUCAGCCUCAGGGUACGAAGACCGGUAUUCGGUGUGGAAGCGUCAGGACGCACCACCUUACUACGAAGCUUCUCCCCAAGGAGCUUGUUGUCGACCCCAACAUGAACACCAUCAGCAUCCACAUCAACCGCUCAAGGUUUCAGAAACAGUUCGCAAGCGUCAAUACCGUGUUGGUCUGAAUCAUUUCAACAAGAAACCAGAACGAGGUAUUGCGUACCUGAUCUCCCGCGGCUUUCUUGAGAAUUCCCCACGAGGAGUCGCAAGAUUCCUCAUCACAAGAAAGGGGCUCAGCAAGCAGAUGAUUGGAGAAUACCUUGGGAAUCUGCAGAACCCAUUCAAUAUGGCUGUACUAGAAUGCUUCGUGACGGAACUGGACCUGUCCGGCAUGGCGGUGGACGUGGCGCUGCGCCGCUACCAGGCUCACUUCCGCCUGCCGGGCGAGGCGCAGAAGAUCGAGCGGCUCGUCGAGGCUUUCGCGCGACGGUACUGCGUCUGCAACCCUGACUUCGUCCAACGGCUGCGGACACAGGACACUAUAUUCGUCUUAGCGUUCGCUAUAAUAAUGCUGAACACGGACUUGCACACUCCCAACCUGAAGCCCGAGUCUCGAAUGUCGCUGGACGACUUCGUGAGGAACCUUCGGGGCAUUGACGACUGCGGCGACAUCGACCGCGACAUGCUCGCCGGCAUCUACGAGAGGGUCAAGACCAGUGAGUUCAGGCCUGGCAGCGACCAUGUUACGCAGGUGAUGAAAGUGCAAGCGACGAUAGUGGGCAAGAAGCCGCACCUGGCGCUGCCGCACCGGCGCCUCGUGUGCUACUGCCGCCUCUACGAGAUCCCCGACAUACACAAGAAGGAGCGCCCCGGCGUACACCAGAGAGAGGUGUUCCUAUUCAACGAUCUGCUGGUGAUCACAAAGAUCUUCAGCAAGAAGAAGUCUUCUGUCACGUACACAUUCCGCCAAUCGUUCCCACUGUGCGGCAUGCUUGUCAAUCUCUUCUCCGUACCGCACUAUCCAUUCGGCAUUCGUCUGUCUCGGCGCGUGGACGGUCGCCGCCUCGCCACGUUCAACGCGCGCAACGAGCACGACCGCUGCAAGUUCGCUGAGGACUUGCGCGAGAGCAUCGCCGAGAUGGACGAGAUGGAGGCUAUGAGGAUUGAGGGAGAACUCAACAGGGGGAAAGGAAGGUCCGGAGGGAACUCUGCCAGAAAUGUGAUGGAGAACAGAGACAGCGGAGUAGCCGACGUUGAAAUAGAUCACCAGCAAUGCAUGGAUCACGUCCAUAUGCAUGGUGUCGUGGUACCUCCGCCGCCAUCUUGCCCGGCGCCCACCGCGCCACUGCGCCUGUCACAGAACCCUCCACCCACCAACAUCAUCAAGAGGAAUGUGCUGAGCAACUCCCUUGUUGACAUCAAUGAUCCAGUGGCGCUGGUGGUGGAGCGGCUGCAGCGGCGCGGCUCGGUGGGGUCGCUGGACAGCGGCAUGUCGGUGUCGUUCCAGCACGGCAGCCGCACCGCCCUGCACGCCUCCUCGCCGCGCCACCCGCCCGACCAGCGCUCGCCCGGAGGUCGACUUUUUGGCGGCAUCACCGGUAUCAGCGGCGUAUUCUCCGGACGCAUGCGCAAGUUAAGCGCGUCAGGGAUCCCGGACAACAAGCACGGACAAGUUGGCAAGAGCACGGAAGUCUAA